CUAAGCUAAGCUAACCUUAGCAGCUGGCCAAAGAGCAGCCCCUGUGUCGUCGCUCGCCUUUGUGUCCAACAAACUUAGGAUGUUUCUCCCCCAGCCUAGUCUUUGUGUUUCGUGAGAGAGAGACGACGGUUCCUUCAGAUAUUAUUUUUUUCAUCCAGUGUUGUGUUUUUUUAAUCUAACACUAUCGCAGAAAUAUGGCGGAUGGCGGGCAUUACUACAACGAGCACGAUGAUAGAACCGCACCACAGUUUCGCAGCCGCAAAGGCAGAGGAUCCCACAAGGGUCGGUCAUUUGACAGGUCCCGCAGGGAUCGUCAACGGGGAAACCACUCAGGAGGGUUUGGAGGUCCUGGACCAAGGUCUAGGCUUGAUGAUCCCGAUGGAGACGUAACCAUGAGUGACAACUCUCAGGACAGCAACUCCCAGCACAGAUUCAACCCCUAUGUCAGGCCCUUUCGCAAAGGAGAUGGACGGUUUGACAGAGACAGGCGACAAGGCAAAGGGGGAGGAGGUGGCAGAGGAGGCGGAGGAGGCUUCAGAGGAGGUGGAGGAGGAGGGAAAAACCGAUCAGGCUGGUACAAAGUGACGAUACCACACGGAAAGAAAUAUGACAAGAAAUGGUUAUUGCCAGCUCUUCAGAACAUCUGUACAGUACCAUACACACCUGAACAGUACCAUGUUGACCACAACAGGGCCCAUUUCUAUGUGAAUGAUUCCUCUGCUGCCAAUGCUUUGCACAAAUGCUCUCACAAGAUCACAGACACAGAGGGUUACAAGGUGGAAGUGCACGUCAACCCCAGCGCUCCACCAUCCUUCCUCCUCCAUGACCUGAAGCCUGAACAUUUGGAGCAUCUGAAGCAAUGCAUGGCAAAACGUUUUGAUGGCUCCCAGCAAGCACUGGACUUGAACAACAUUCGCACAGACCCAGACCUGGCGUCCCAGAACAUUGAAGUCAUCCUGAAUAGGAAGACAAAUAUGGAAGCUGUCAUAAAGAUAAUUGAAGAAAACAUUCCAGAGCUGGCGAGCUUGAACCUGAGUAAUAAUCGUAUUCACAAACUGGAUGAACUCACUGAAUUAGUUACCAAGGUGCCUAAUCUGAAGACUCUCAACCUUUCCCAUAAUGAGCUGAAGACAGACCGGGAGCUGGACAAGGUGAAAGGCCUGAAGCUGGUGGAGCUGUGGCUGAUCAGGAACCCUCUGUGUGACUUCUUCAAAGAUCAGGCCUCAUACAUCAGUGCUGUGCGGCAGAGGUUUCCCCGUCUUCUCAAACUGGAUGGUUAUGACCUUCCCCCACCCAUUGGAUUCGAUGUGGAGACGCCCACCACCAUCCCCCCCUGCAAGGGAAGCUGUUUUGGCUCUGAUGAAAUUAAGGCUCACAUCCUUCGAUUUCUGCAAGAGUACUACAAUAUAUACGACUCAGGGGACAGACAGCCUCUCCUGGAUGCUUACCAUGAUGGAGCCUCGUUAUCCCUCACAACACCUUACUCCACACAAAACCCCUCCAGGUCCAGUCUGGGAGAGUACCACAAAGACAGUCGAAACCUGAAGAGGCUUAAAGACUCCACGGUACGGUUCAGACUACUGAAGCACACGCGACUGAACGUGGUGGCUUUCCUCAACGAGCUGCCCAAAACUCAGCAUGACAUCGCCUCUUUCAACGUUGAUGUGAACACCUACACAAACACGCUAUUAUCAUUCACCGUGAGCGGAGUCUUCAAAGAAGUUGCUGUUGACGGUAAAUCCCGAGACUCUACCAUGGCCUUCUCUCGAGUUUUUAUCACAGUCCCUGCAGGGAAUUCUGGUUUGUGCAUAGUCAAUGACCAGCUUUUCAUCCGGAUGGCCACAACAGAGGAGAUCCGCCGAGCCUUUGUGGCUCCCGCCCCAACUCCAUCUUCUAGCCCCGUCCCCACCCUCACUGCAUCACAGCAGGAGAUGCUUACAACCUUCUCACUGAAGUCUGGCAUGAACCUGGAAUGGUCCCAGAAGUGUUUGCAAGACAAUGAGUGGGACUUCAACACAGCAGCCGGAAUCUUCAAUAAGUUAAAGGCGGAAGGAAAGAUCCCCGACGUUGCAUUCAUAAAAUGAGAGGCACACUUCUGUGAAAUAAAACAUGAAGUAUUUUUAUUUAUCCUUUUAUUAUUUGCCUUUUGUUUUAUUCAGAAUAAUGUAGAUCAAGUUAACAUUUGUGUUAACCUAGAUUUGACUGUUUGACCUGAAAACUGAUGUUAAACAGUUUUGCUUAUUGUUAGUCAUUUGUACAUACAUCACUACAUGUUUUCAUAGGAAUAAAGACACAUUGCCAAUG